GGGGCCGGCAGAUGAAGAUGGCAAUGUCUGUGAUCCAAGCGUGCCGCAGCCUGGCGCUCUCAACAUGGCUGCUGUCCUUUUGUUUCGUGCAUCUGCUGUGCCUGGACUUCACCGUGGCCGAGAAGGAGGAGUGGUACACGGCCUUCGUCAACAUCACCUACGCCGACCCGGCGGCCGGCAGCGCCGAGCUCCGCAGCGAGAAGAGCGAGUGCGGGCGCUACGGCGAGCAGUCGCCCAAGCAGGACGCCCGCGGGCUGGUGGCCCUCUCCGCCACGCCCGCCGACCGCGACGCCUGCGACCCCGGCACCCGCUUCAACAUCCCGGCGCCGGGCAAGAGCUGGGUGGCUCUGAUCCCGCGGGGAAACUGCACCUACAAGGACAAGAUCCGCCACGCCGCCGCCCAGAACGCCUCCGCCGUCGUCAUCUAUAACAUGGGCUCCAGCAACGCCAACGAGACCAUCACCAUGCCCCACGCAGGCUUAGAAGAUGUUGUAGCAAUAAUGAUUCCCGAACCCAAAGGAAAAGAGAUAGUGAGCCUCCUGGAGAGGAACAUCACUGUGAUGAUGUACAUAACCAUCGGGACGCGCAACCUGCAGAAGUACGUCAGCCGCACCUCGGUGGUGUUCGUCUCCAUCUCCUUCAUCGUGCUGAUGAUCAUCUCCCUGGCAUGGCUGGUCUUCUACUACAUCCAGAGAUUCCGCUACGCCAACGCCAGGGACAGAAAUCAGCGCCGGCUGGGAGAUGCUGCGAAGAAAGCGAUCAGCAAGCUGCAAGUCAGGACGAUCAGGAAAGGUGACAAGGAGACUGAGCCAGACUUUGAUAACUGUGCUGUUUGUAUCGAAGGCUACAAGCCCAAUGAUGUUGUCAGGAUAUUGCCUUGCAGGCAUCUUUUCCACAAGUCCUGUGUAGACCCCUGGCUGCUAGACCAUCGCACCUGCCCGAUGUGUAAAAUGAAUAUUCUAAAAGCUCUAGGGAUUCCGCCAAAUGCAGACUGCAUGGAUGACAUACCUCCAGACCUGGAAGCAUCCAUAGGAGGCCCACCCACCAACCAGAUCACGGGGGCCAGUGACAUAACCGUGAACGAGAGCUCGGUGGCCCUGGACCCCCCAGCCCGCGCCGUGGGAGUGCUGCAGGUCAUCCAGGAUGUAGACUCCUUUCCCCAGGCUGGAGAGGGCAACUUCACAACAAGCAAUGAACAGGAGCCAGCAGUCAGCAGUGAUUCAGAUAUUUCAUUGAUUAUGGCCAUGGAGGUUGGACUGUCUGAUGUGGAGCUCUCCACUGAUCAAGACUGCGAAGAGGUGAAAUCUUGAAAAGCAGAGCUCCAGCACUAAACUGCAGGGCAGGGUCACAGGUAGGGACAGAGCCAGCUUUCUAGGACUUGGACCAGUCAUGCACAUGCCUCCAGAGCACUGUCACUCCUGCACACUCCAUACUGAGAUGGUCAUGAGAAGCAAUAGCAGCUUGUGUCUGCCUGGAUGUGGUUUCAUCAUCUACACGCCUUCCUUUGGUUCACAUGGGAGAUGGACACUUCCAGUUCACCCCUGUGCUCAAGAGCAGUCGUGGAACUCUCCAGGGGCUCAUAAACAUGCAACUGAAAUGACAGCUUGAGUGUUUUCUACGCUUGUUCAAUCAAAUUCUUGUUGGGUUUUUUUUUUUUUUUUUUUUGAAAAGGCGUAUGUUUAUUUUUAUUUGUGUGUUGGUUUAUAGUUUGUGGAUGGACACUCUGUUUUUAUUGACUGACCCCAGCUUUUUCAAGAGUUCAAUCCAGAAAUCUGAAUUCCCUUUCACUGGUCACUUCAUGGUCUGGCCAGCAGUUAUUAUUGCCUUGUUGUUUCUGCAUGAAUUACGUGUGGCUGGCUUCAGGAGGAUGAUGCACCAGCACCCUGCAUUAAUGUAACACCUGCUUUCAUUAAGUGGAAGGCUUGGAAAUGGCAUAUUCUGCAGGCUUUUAUUUGUAAGAGAGCCCUGAAUUAGCAGAAAUUUGGCACUAGUUUGUCUUCUUAGAGUUCUGUUCUAGACAAGAAUUGUACAGUGUGAAGGAGAGAAAGAAAAGCUUAAAGCAUCACUCCACCCA